GAGGCAGAGCAUAUAAACGCAUAAAGACAAACAAAAACACCACCGCGAACCAAAAUGAAGGCCCCACCAACAAAUAUUCUCUCCGUCGUUCCUUUCUUUCUCUUCCUCCUCAUCUCUUCCCAUUCUCUGGCCACCGUCGCUGUUGCCGAUGUCUCCGUCUACGAAUCAUUCCUCCGCUGCAUGGAAACCAACACCGCCCCCGAAGACAAGAUCUCCGACCUGAUUUACUCCCCGACAAACCCAUCCUUCAAUUCGGUCCUCCAAGCCUACAUCCGAAACGCCCUCUUCAACACGUCCUCCACCCCCAAACCCACAAUCAUCAUAACCCCGACCAAAAUCCCCCACAUCCAGUCCGCCAUCACCUGUACCAAGGCUGCCGGCUACCUGCUCAAGACCCGGAGCGGAGGUCAUGACUACGAGGGCCUCUCCUAUGUCUCAGACUCCCCCUUCUUCAUCCUCGACAUGUUUAAUUUCCGCUCCAUCGAAAUCGACGUCGCUAACAAAUCCGGCUGGGUCCAGGUCGGCGCCACCCUCGGGGAACUCUACUACCGAAUCUCGGAGAAGAGCAACGUCCUCGGGUUCCCCGCCGGGGUUUGCCCUACGGUCGGAGUCGGCGGGCACGUGAGCGGCGCCGGGUACGGAAACCUCUUGAGGAAGUACGGGGUGUCGACGGACAACGUCGUGGACGCCCAAAUUGUCGAUGUGAAUGGAAAACUUCUCGACAGGGCUUCGAUGGGGGAGGAUCUUUUCUGGGCGAUUCGCGGUGGUGGCGGAGCGAGCUUCGGCGUUCUCAUCGCGUACAAGAUUGGGCUCGUCCCGGUCCCCGAAACAGUUACCGUUUUCAGGGUCGAGAAGGAUUUGGAACAGAACAUGACGGAGAUGGCUUACCAAUGGCAGCUCGUUGCGCCGAAGACGACGAAAGAUCUGUUCAUGAGGAUGCUCUUGCAGCCGGGGAAUUCCAAGACGAAGAAAGGGGAGAAGACGGUCACAGCGUCCGUUUUGGCAGAGUAUUUGGGGAAUGCCGACAGCCUGGUAGCGUUAUUGGGUAAGGAAUUUCCAGAAUUGGGUUUGAAGAAGGAAGAUUGCUUGGAAAUGAGCUGGAUUCAGUCCGUUCUAUGGUGGGGAUUAGACGACGAGAAUAACACGGCGGCGCUACUGAGCAGGGAGCUGCAAUCGAUCAAAUCUGGAAAGAGGAAGUCGGAUUACGUUGUGACUCCGAUCCCGAAAGCUAGCUUGGAAGGGAUUUGGGCUAAGAUGAUGGAGUCGGGGAAAACAGGGUUCGUGUUCAACCCGUACGGCGGAGCAAUGGAUGAGGUGCCGGCGGCGGAGACGGCGUUUCCUCAUCGUGCAGGGAAUCUUUACAAGAUUCAGUACUCGAUUGGGUGGAAGGAGCCUGGUGUGGAGGCGGAGGAGAAGUAUCUGGGAGAUAUUCGGAGGAUGUACAGCUACAUGACCCCGUUCGUUUCCAAGAAUCCGAGGAGGGCUUAUAUGAACUACAGGGAUUUGGACAUCGGCACCGUGAAGCGCGGUAGUAAGAACAGCUACGCCGAAGGGAAGGUGUACGGCGAUAAGUAUUUUGAUGGGAAUUUCGAGAGGCUGGUGAAGGUGAAGACUGCUGUUGAUCCUAACUAUUUCUUUUGGAAUGAACAGAGCGUCCCUGUGCUUCCGGGUAAGGUGGAGCUCUAAGAAGGUGGAUGCUGGGAUCUACCUUGUCUCGUGCUCGGGAAUGAAAAAAAUAACAAUAUUUGUACAUAAUUUAUAAUACUCAAACCGAACAUCACAUGUUCAAUAGUUUUACUAGAGAAUUAUUUUUGUAAAUAAGCCAAUUUUGAUUAC